AUGUGAUGGGUUGGAGGUUGGGGCCGAACAAAAAAGUGGGUUAGAGUGGACACAUCCAUCUCAAGACGGGCGUAGCGUAAAAGUUCAAGUCUUGACUCAUUUUGAAAGGACCCAUUUUUGGUUUUGGAUUUUUGACGUUCAUGGGAAAACGGGAAAAUGCUGGCAUUGUGAAUUUGUGAGGCUGAGCUAAGAUUUCGAUUCCAAAGGAGUGGGUGCUUUUGAACCUCCCGUUCUAAUAUAAAGCCCCCAAUUUGUGUUCUCAAAUCUUAGGCUUUCUUUCCUUUUCUUUCUUUCACGGGUCUUUUUACCUUUCGCUCUUAAAGCUCCUUAAGAUCUCGUGAUAGGGCUGGAGGAGGGCAUUAUUAUAGAAGGCCGAAGUCAUCUCGUGGAACCCUUUCUACUAUCCUUCUCUUGGGUUUCUCCGUCUCCCUUGCAUUCUGCCAAAAAGUAAGAAGAUUCCAAGAUGGCUUCAAAGACUUUUACUGUAGAUUUAAACAAGCCUCUCGUUUUCCAGGUUGGCCAUCUUGGAGAAGCUUACAAUAAAUGGGUUCACCAGCCAAUUGUUAGCAAGGAGGGCCCUCGGUUCUUUGGAAAUGAUUUUUUGGAGAUGUUGACGCGCACAGUAUGGUGGGUGAUUCCACUUGUUUGGCUGCCAGUGAUUUCCUGGUUGGUUUCUGUGUCUUUGUCAAGGGGCCUUACUCCUUCAGAUGUGGCUUCAUGUUUGGCUGGUGGGGUUUUCAUCUGGUCUUUGCUUGAGUACACAUUGCACCGCUUUCUUUUCCACAUGGAAACAAGAAGCUAUUGGGGAAACACUCUGCAUUAUCUACUUCAUGGUUGUCAUCACAAGCAUCCAAUGGACGGACUCAGACUCGUCUUCCCACCAGCUGCAACAGCUAUCUUAAGUGUGCCGUUGUGGGUCGUGAUUAGACUUACAUCGACUCCAGCAGUAGCUCCUGCUUUGUUCGGAGGUGGUUUGUUGGGAUAUGUAAUGUACGACGUAACUCAUUAUUACCUGCAUCAUGGAAAGCCAACCUCAGGAUUGUCUCAAAAUUUGAAGAGAUAUCACUUGAACCACCACUUCAGGAUUCAAAGCCAAGGAUUUGGUAUCACUUCUCCAUUGUGGGACAGAGCAUUUGGAACAUAUCCUUCUACUAAACCCAUUCAGGAAAACAAAUGAAGAUGUUGGCUGCACAAAUAUUAUCUCAUCACUAGAUUUUUGUAUGGGGUUUGUUCUUCUUUUUUGUACAUUAAGCGUUAAGUUCAUGCUUUGACAACCGUUAUAUAUAUAUAUAUAUUUUGGGCGACAGGGUAGCGCCUGCAUAUCGCCCGCCUUUCUUGAAUACUCUAUUCUUCUUUCUUCCUUCUGGUUAUCAGAUGAGGUAAGCUGUUUUCAUGUUCAUCAACUAUGGAGCUAUACUUGAAUGAGAAUUGUGUAUUUGCAUUUGUAAA